AUGCAGAACAAGAUAAGGCUGUUAGAGGAGGAGGCACAACAACAAGGAGCAGAUUGGGCAAAAAAAAGAUUAAAGGCAGGAGUAACAUAUGCAAGAAGAAAACAAUUAGAUCAAGCAAUACAACUUUAUGAUUCAGCAUUACAAUUAAAACCUGAUUAUGCUGAUGCAUUUAUUGCUAGAGGUGCUGCUUAUGCUAAUAAAUUGGACUACGAGAAGGCAAUGGCGGAUUUAGAUGCAGCAUUAGCCUUAGAGCCACACAAUAAGAAUGCCGCUAAAUAUAAAUCUAUUGUUAAGGAUAGGAUGGAGGGAAAAGAGCGUCCUGCUAGUAAGGAGAGGAGCAGCAGCAGCACAACUUGUGAGGAUAGAGACAGGACUCCCUCCCCUGGUCGUAAGUGUAGGUCCCCUGAGGUAGGCGCAACAGGGGCCUCGUUAGUAAUAAGGAAGCCUAAGACAGCAGCAGCAGCAGCAGCAGCAGCAGGAGCAGCAGGAGCAUUACCAUUAGGUGUAUCAAGAAAUGCAUUAACUAGUGCAGCAGCAGCAGCAAAUGCUGUACUUGAACAAGCUGCUGCUGCAGGUAGAGGAGGUAUAGGUAUAGGAGGGGGGGGCCUCCUAGGGCCCCGUAGCGCGCAGGAGCAGCAAAGGCAGCACCUGCUGCUGCUGCAGCAGCAAAAGAGGAGAGCAGCACUCAUGGAGCAGCAGCUCAAGCAUAGCCAAGAAUUAGAGAGACAAAUACAAAGAAAAAAAAAAGAAAGGGAAUUAAUGCUGCUGCAGCAGCAGCAGCAGCAGGCACACCUCAAAGCAGCAGCAAGUGCCAGCAGCAGCAGCAGCAGUAGCAGUAGCAGCAGCAGCAGCAGUAGCAGCAGCAGCAGCAGCAGCAGCAGCAGAAGCAGCAGAGAUAAAUCCCAUAAAAGCGAUAAGAAAAGCUCUAAAAGUGUUUUCUGCUGUUAG